AUUGUUUUUUUAUUCCUUUCUUCCGUUUUAAAACUGUGCAAUGUUUUUAACGCUAUGUAGGCUCUUUGGGGCAAAAGUUUUUUUAUUGCCCGUUCUCUGGUUCAAGAGCAGAAGGUUUGAUGGUUAGAAUGUAAGUGUGUCUUUAAGUUACCAUGGGUCUACGUGGAAUAAUCCUACUCAAUAUAAUAGGUAUAAUAGGUAAUGUCAAGGUCGCCUCGUUUCAAGACAACACAAUCUACACAAGCCUUUCCUCCAGGUUGAACAAAUCACCAAGUGGUGUUGCUAAAUUAGCCACCAUUAUUUGCGAAGUGACCAGUGUGAUUCAGCCACCUCCACCCCCAACGUUUCUCACAUCUCUGUCCAUUGAAAGAAAAACGCAUGAAACGUAUAUCGACUCUGACGAAUACGGUGAAUCAGUCUCAACAAUAGGACAUUAUGAAACUCUGUGUCAGUUAGAGCGAUCAAAGUCUAGUGGUGAAUUUAAUUUAAGCAAAUUUUUUCCACCAUCCAAGAAAUGGACAGCUGAAUACGAGAUAAAUUCUUUGAAUAUGACUACAAUAAGUCUCAAUCUAACACUAACAGACAUUCAAUGCCGAGAUUCAGGCCCGUAUCAGUGCAUAACGGCAGUUGCGGACGAGACUGAGUUACGUAAAAUGUCCGCUGUGAACUUAACAACUUCAGCUCCGAUAAUCAUUGACUUGAAUUUGGAACCGAAUAAUGAAAAUGGCAAGCGCUCAGCUAAAAUUGAACUCGGACUAAAUGUUACAUUGACCUGCAAUAUUAAAGGACAACUAGACCUAAAAAUAUUUUGGGAAUUCGCAAAUCGGUCAUCGGAUGAGGAAUUCUAUCUAAAGGAAUUUAUAUCUAAGGCUGGGAAAAAAUGGGUUAGCGAAGCUGGCUGCGUGGUCAGGUCCUACACAUCUGAGAUUCACAAAACAGUACAGCGAUACGAACAUGGAGCCACAUAUCACUGUUGUGUGAUGAACAGCGAAGACAAGCUAAUAGCGAGAGAACAAUUCACUAUUUGGAUUAAAGAUUUGCCUGACCAGAAUAGAGACCAAAGAGACGACAGUGACAACCAUAAUGGAAAGGUCUUGUUUACAUUCCUGUAUAUGAAACAACAUUUAGCCUUUCUUCUUACUAUUUAUAUCUUUGUAACUGACUAAGAAUAUAUAGAGGAUUUAAAAAUUAUUUUUUUUUAGAAAUGUUAUGAAAAAUUAUGAAAUCUGUUGUGGGGGAGGAAACAUUCUUAGGGCACACUGGUCACUUGAAUUUUGCCCCCAAACGGAUUUCUUGCAUAAAGGCUAAAUACACAUUAUUGCACAAUUGUCAAUUUCUCAUGUAUAAUUUGUUGCUGAUAGUUUGGAAUCGAAAUUCACGUUUCGUUGUGGCGAUUUUUUUUUAUAUUUCCUUUUGCAUUCUUAAUGUUUUAAUUACUAACUUCACGCAGGGCUGCAAGAAAAUACAAUUUUUAGUUUCACUGGUGCUUAGUCAUGUAAACUCAUUAAUUUUUAAAAUAUCUCAUCAUACCUGUAACACACUAAAGCUAAUCCAACAUUAAAAAAAAAUUAUAAUUCGUUUGACAUAACAUUUGUUAGGAAGGAAACUCUUUUUUUUUUACUAGUGUACUAUUUUUCAUAACAGUUUUAAUUUCAUUUUAUUUUAUCUAGCUCACUAAGUAUUAUUAACAACAUAAUUAAAUUGUAUUUAGUUGUGUAUAUUCAUUAUUAUUGCUUGUAUUGUAAUUUUAUUGAUAUUUCCAUUUUUUUUUUUUAUUUCAAAAAAAUUAUAGUAUUCUAAUCUUUGAGGACCAGUGCUUUAUUACCCAUGCACCAAUUGUUCUUCUAAUUAAAAAUUUGCCACCAAGACUUGGAGUCAAUCUGAGUACCUUGAAGAAUAUUGAACAUAUAUGUAGAAACAGCUACCUAUUUAGACCAUCUUAAUUUAGACCCAAUCGACCCAAUGGUCCAAGUGAAAAAAGACGAAGCGGUUGAAUUUGUUUUGUAAGAGUUGUGUUUAGUCUGGAAAUAGUGCUCUGUCUAUUUGGCACAAGAGGGUUAAUUGUAGAGGAAAAAAUUCGACAUGAAAAAAAUAACUUUACUGUAUUAUCUCAUAUCUAAAUAUUUGCAUUGAAAUUAUACAAUUGUCAAUUCAAUAUGUACUGGUACUGAUAAAAAUAUAUCAACAUUUUAGCAGUUUUAAAUAAGGUAAAUAGUUUAAAUAAUAUCGCAUAAUGAUCAGGAUAAACAUAAGGGCUAAUUAACGUUAAUUAGACACAUGGACAUUGUGGGGUUUUCGUCAAAUUUGUAAUGAAUUGUAACAACAAACUUCUUCAAAUUUGAAUCUGGCAUUAGUAGCCUUAGUUUGAUCAUGAUCAUUUUUUAAAAAAUAAAAUCGCUUUCUUGUAUCUUUGUUUGGUUCAGAGUUUCAGGAAUAAAUUUGGACCACAUUUUUUAUCUUGGAAAUGCUCAAAACUAAGCAAUUAAUUUUAAAUGCGAUCGGGAGUGUGGGAAGUUUAAAGAGUUUAUUUUCCCUUUCAAAUCUUGCAAGCUAUAGGACAGAUGAUGUUAAAGACAUCCGUUUCUUUGGCCAACGGAUAAAGACUAGGGACCCAUGUGGUCAGUACAAUAGUGCAACGACCAAUAACCUUUACUUUCCCAAACAAUAGUCGGGUAUCAUUAUAAUUGGCUGGACCCGGGAGGGGGGAGGAAGGGGGCGCUUUAAAAUUACAAAUUUCUAAAUCAAAGUCUUCACCAAGAUUCGAACCAAGGACCCCAGGUUCGGAAGCCAAAUGAUUAAUCAUUUAGCGCCCCCUAACUAUGCACUACUGUUCGCGCACGCUUUAUAAAUUGGCCACCUCUGAUCUAAAAGCAAAAUGUAUAUUUUUAAAUUGUUUAAUAAAUGUGAAAGCUUGUUAUAUCAUGCCUUGUGGGGGGGGGGGUGUGUUCAAAACCAUUAGUCUUGUAUUAAUGACUAUUGUUUUCUGUGCUAAUCAAGCACAUUUAAAUAUUUUAUAACAGUUUUAAGGUUUAAAUAGUUUAACUUUGAAUUAACAAUGUUUCAUUAAAGUUUUAAGAUUAA